UUUGAUUUCCCCCGGCGUUUUCAAAUGAAUAGUUGUAAGUUCUUAGCGAGCGAUCUCUGCGAACAGGAAGUUUAACUGAUCGAUUCCUUGAAGUAUGUAAUCUUCUUAAUUUUCUUCAUAUUGGACCACACUAUACACCUGUGACACCUGCGGUAGUAUAUAGAGAUCGAUCCAAGCGUCGGAGACCAUUGUCAAGAUGGCGUCUGAGGAAACUGGACUAACACAUGCUUGUGGUGUUUUUGCGUGUAUAAGAGCCGAUGGAGUUUCUUCAGCAGAGGUUGAUGUUGCUAGUAUAAUCUCCCUUGGGUUAGUUUCCCUUCAACAUCGGGGUCAAGAGAGUGCAGGAAUAGUGACCAAUGAUGGUAAAAGGUUUCACCAGCACAAAGGAAUGGGAUUAGUGAACUAUGUGUUUCAAGAACAGCACAUCAAAUCCCUGCCAGGUCAUAUGGGUAUUGGACAUACGCGCUACUCAACAGCUGGAUCAUCUGAACUUGUCAACUGUCAGCCAUUUGUUGUGGACACCAUACAUGGACACAUGGCAGUGGGACACAAUGGUGAACUUGUCAAUGCAAAGGCAUUAAGAAAAAAGGUUCUCUUACAAGGAACUGGUCUCUCAACUGGAAGUGAUAGUGAGGUAAUCACACAGCUGUUGACAGCUACUCCGCCAUGUGGAGAACCAGAUGGCCCUAACUGGACAGGAAGAAUUUAUGAAAUGAUGCAGCUGACGCAGUUGGCAUACUCGCUUGUCAUCAUGACACAGGACUGCAUCUAUGCUGUCAGGGACCCUCAUGGCAAUCGUCCUUUGUGUAUUGGCAGACUAAUGAGUUUAAAUGAGAGCCCUCAGUUGUCACGUCUCGGUGGAGAAAUUGUCGAGAAUGGAGAAAUCUCUGAUGAUGAUAGCACACUAGGGUGGAUCGUGUCUUCGGAGUCUUGUGGCUUUCAUUCAUUUGGAGCUUCCAUGUGUAGAGAAGUGAAGCCUGGCGAGAUUGUGAAGUUGACCACAAAUGGUUUCAAGUCCAUGAGGAUAGUGUCUCUUGAAAACCCAGAGAAGCCUCCCUCAUUCUGCAUCUUUGAAUAUGUGUACUUUGCACGGCCGGACAGCAUGUUUGAGGGACAGAUGGUUUACAGUGUGCGGCAACGAUGUGGGGAGCAGUUAGCCAUAGAAGCGCCAGUCGAAGCAGAACUAGUGAGCACAGUCCCAGAGUCUGCAACCCCAGCAGCCCUGGGGUACUCCUUACAAACUGGCAUUCCUUACGUCGAAGUCCUCACCAAAAAUCGUUACGUUGGACGCACAUUCAUUCAACCAAGCAACAGGCUUCGGAAGCUUGGUGUUGCCAGGAAAUUUGGUCCUCUGUCAAUGAAUUUUAAAGGAAAGAGAGUUGUACUUGUUGAUGAUUCUAUUGUGCGUGGAAAUACAAUGGGUCCCAUUAUUAAGCUUUUGAAGCAGGCUGGUGCUGGAGAGGUGCACAUUCGAGUGGCUUCACCCCCAGUUAAGUAUCCCUGUUAUAUGGGAAUCAAUAUUCCCACAAGAGAGGAGCUGAUUGCAAACAAGUUGAAUGCAGAUGCACUAGCAAAGGAGUUAGGGGCAGACAGCCUGGUGUACCUGAGUUUAGAAGGCUUAAAGACAGCUGUGCAGUCGGGCAUACCUAAUCCUGCUGGGAAAAAGACUGGGCACUGUACUGCAUGUUUGAAUGGACAGUACCCUGUUGAUCUGCUGGACUGGUGAAUUGAAAACUAUUGUAAUCACUAAAUAUGAAUAUUUUGAUACUAAACCCACCAUUGAGGUUAAAUUUAGAACUGAGAUGCUUUUAAUUAUUAAUUUAUAGUUAUAAAAUGUGGUUAUGACUAGACAGUCAGAUGUUGUUACCAGCAAGAGUGCUCAAGUACUUUCCCCUUUUGUAUACUUCAUGCAAAACAAUAACAAGUUAUUUAUUAAGUGAGAACAUAUUUUUUCCUUUCUGAGAAGAAGUACAGUUAUAUUAAAUUUUGGUUUAAGUUCCAUCUGUAACAAUUGAUAGAUGCUUAAUUUAUAAGUUUUGUACAAAGGUUGCUAAAUUAUAUACAUUUUAAGUUAGACUGUAUCAGUUGGUGGGGACAAUGACAAACAGUACAUUUCUCUGGGAUGAUCCAGGACCAAUGUUAUGAUCCAAGAUCACCUAUGGUGCAUCAGAGGAGCCAGUGAAAGGUUUCUUUGAAACAUUAUAAUCUGAGUGAACUUGGAUCAUAAAUAUUGUCAUCUGGACCUUCCCAAAGGAAUGCACUCAAGUAUACUCCAGUGACAGUCCAACUGUCCAUUAGGGUGUGGUUUCCAUUAGUGCAGGUUUCACUGUACUGAUUGCAUGAGAAAACUCAUGACAGGAAGUCAGGAACUCUUCAUCUUCUUUUUACCCAGAUUUGAAAUUGCUCCUAAGCCAAACCAAUUGUGUGCAAAUUUUUUUACCAUGUUUUCAACGAAAGAUUGACGCUUUAUGAACCAUUAGAUACUAAGUCAUAAUAAGGAAAAUUGUUUAAUGUGUGUUUACCAUAUGUUUCUUACUAUGAGAAUUUUUACAAAACCAGUUUCAUGGAGGGGUGGCGAAUGGUCCCUCAAAAACUCUAGGCCUUGCAAAAUUUUAGUAGAAUUUCAUGGCUCUUGUAGUCUCCUUUGUUGUGGUUAUCUGCAUAUCAUAGUCUUGAUUUUUAAACAAAGCUGUCACAGUCUAAGGCUAAGCAAAAAUGAAGUACCAAACUCUUGAUUCAGUUUGGUUGUUUGUUUGUUUGUUUGUUUUUGUGAAAUGACAUCUUUUAGUGUAUUGAUAAUAAAACAGACUUUACGAUUUCUGAGGAAAGCUUAAUCGUAAAUCCUCUUAAAUUGAAUUAAGCAAGCCACAAUAGCUCACAAUGAAACCUUGUGGAGCUGUGUAAUAAUAGGCGAUUAACAUGAUGGCAUCAUUUGACUACAGCUACCAGAAUCCUUCACUCUGUCUGCCUGUUAUGCUAAUUAGAGCAAUUGUUCUUUAAACCCCACUGGGACUUUAAAAUUUCAAUAAUAAAGAAAAGACAAAAGGAAUUCUGGUAGUUGUAAUCAAAUGACAGCAACAUGCAAAUCUGCUAUUAUUAACUGUUGACAGUUUUUCAGAUUUGACAUCUUGUACAAGCAUUUACAACUGAAGGCUCCCUACAUACAUGUGUGUUUCAUAUAUAUACAACAAAGUAUACAGUAAAUAAAUUCAAAAAGGGAGACUCAGAACAUCUCAAGCUUGCACUAAAACACUUUUGAGGUCUUGGUCUCAGAAUUUCACAAGUCAAAAUGUCUCGGACUCCAGAAGAAAAAUGCUUGCUUCACCUUCUCGCGACAUCUUGCAUUCACCAUCCGCCACCCCUUCAUACUAUAAUUUGUAUUCUUUCAACUUCUUUCAACUUUGUAAGCUUGUUGCCAUGGCAGUGGCUCAGGAUGCAAGAAGGUGGCAUAGUUUAUUCAGGAGGAUGUAAGAAGCUACCCAGUUGAUAUAACAGAUUCUCCUGAGGGUAAUAGUAUGUUUGUUAGCCGUAAAGGAGAAUUUCAAAUUGCUGGCCAUUUCUUUGGUUGGGAUUUAAAUGGUGUUGAACCCUCAACUGAACUCUUUAUUUUUGAAUGUAUUGAUUGUGUGAGAUCAAACUGAAUAAUAAAGAAAUGCUGUGGAUUGCUUCUAAGCAUUAUUUUAUAAAUUCAA